UCGCAGGCAAGUUCGUAAACCGUGACGUGUAAAGUAGGAUGGAAAAUUGGCAAUAGGGAACAAAAAAGGAUGUGAUCUGCGAGCUGAAUAGUAACUGAAUGCCAUGAAUAAACUUUGCAAGGCAUUUUUUCGGACAAAACACCUCACAACAGCUGAAAUUGAAGAAACAAACUUAAAACGCUGCUUGUCAACAUUUGAUCUGACUGCCCUUGGUAUUGGCUGUACGUUGGGUGCUGGUGUUUAUGUUGUCACUGGUGAGGUUGCAAAAAAUCAAGCUGGACCUGCAAUUGUGAUCUCAUUUGCUAUAGCUGCUAUAGCAUCACUGUUGUCAGGUCUUUGCUAUGCAGAAUUUGGAGCUCGUGUUCCUAAAUGUGGUUCAGCAUACAUCUACAGUUAUGUCACUAUUGGUGAACUUUGUGCAUUUGUGAUAGGCUGGAACAUGCUGCUUGAGUACGUAAUGGGAGCAGCCGCACUUGGCAAAGCAUGGAGCGAUUUCUUCAAUGCCCUCUGCGAUGGUUGUGUUAGUGACUUCUUUAUUAAGCACUUUGGCUUGUUCAAACUGUGGUGGAUGUCAGAUUACCCAGAUUUUUUGGCAUUUAGUUUUCUUCUUGUGUUAACUAUCGUCAUCAUUUGUGGAGCGGCAGAGUCGUCUGCAUUGAACUGGGUUUUUACAAUAAUCAAUCUUGCUGUAAUCAUUUUUGCAACCAUUGCAGGACUAGUUUACGCAGAUCCUAAAAAUUGGAAUAAUUUUGCACCAUGGGGUUUUCAUGGAAUAAUGUCAGGGGCAGCUACUUGUUUUUUUGCCUUUGUUGGCUUUGAUGUAAUUGCUACUUCAGGCGAGGAAUGCAAGAACCCAAGAAAGGCAAUACCUAGAGCCACAGUCUCUGCUCUUUUCAUUAUAUUUUUGGCGUACGAAUGCAUCUCCGUGUCACUGACCCUGAUGAUGCCCUACGCUGAUUUACCUAAGAGCUCAGCAAUUGCCACAGCAUUUGAUCAUAAGGGCUUUUCUGCAGGAAAAUACAUCGUCGCCAUUGGGGCGAUAUGUGGCAUCAGCUCAAGUGCUUUGGAUGGACUUUUCCCAAUACCUAGAAUCAUAUAUGCGAUGGCAAGUGACCGUCUUAUAUUCAGCUUUCUGGGAAAGGUCAACAAACGGACAGGGACGCCAAUAAUCGCUUGCGUAAUUAGCGGCCUUUUUCCAGCGUUCCUUGCAAUGUUCCUGGAUCUAGUUGCGCUUGCAGAGAUGUUAUCUAUUGGGACUCUACUGUCGUAUACAAUAGUUUCGUUCAGCGUGUUACUACUAAGAUACAGGCCUGGAAAGGUUAUUGAUGAUUCAGGCAGUGAAUCCGCCCAAAUAAAUGAAAGCAUGCCUGGACCAGAAUUCAGUGAAGGUGCAGGAAUGGAAAAAGAGUUUGGAGAGGCUUCAAAACUGUCAGACAAUGAAGAGUCGGAGAAAUCUACGACAGAUAAGAAAGAUUACCAAACAUUAGAGAAUAUCUCUACCAAAAAAGACCUUAAAAACUCGCCUUCUGUGUUUAGUAGAAUUACCAAGCGGAUUUUGGGGGGACGUUUGGACGUCCCAACCGAGGACAGUUACUUGGUAGUUAAAAUUUCCUUAGCAAUAUUCAUCGUGACUACAAUUGGCCUGCAGUGUUGUUUGGUCUGGGGGAUGGACCGACUUACUGGAAAAGAUCCUCUGAUAAUUGUAUGCUUCGUGCUGUUUCUCAUGUGGAUGUUAAUUGCGGUCGAUAUAAUCGCAAGACAACCUCAAUCCAAGAACAAGUUGUUCUUCAAAGUGCCUUUUCUACCAUUCCUGCCUCUGUGUGCGAUAUUUAUCAACGCAUUCUUGCUGCUGGAAUUGCAUUACCUGACUUGGGUACGAUUUGGAGUGUGGUUAGUAAUAGGUAUGAUGAUUUAUCUAUCCUAUGGAGUGAAACAUAGCACACAAAACGUGGAUGUUACGAACAACGAUGGUCCAGAAUACAUGAAACUCACAAAUACAAUAGAAGAAUAAAAUGGAGUAAAGUCGUACUUUCAA